GGUUUGGUCAUUUAUGGUGAUAAAGAUUUGGUCUAAUGGUGGUGAUGGUGCUCCUUGGUGGAGUUAUUGGAGUGCCGGUAUCACAAACACCAUUGGCCCGGCUAUGGGGAUUGAAGCAUUGAAGUACAUUAGUUACCCUGCUCAGGUGCUGGCAAAAUCCUCAAAAAUGAUUCCAGUUAUGCUGAUGGGUACACUAGUUUAUGGAAUUAGAUAUACUUUUCCGGAGUAUCUUUGUACAUUACUUGUUGCUGGAGGGGUAUCCUUGUUUGCACUUUCAAAGACUAGUGCGAAGACAAUAAGCAAACUAGCACACCCAAAUGCUCCACUUGGAUAUGGGCUUUGUUUUCUGAACCUUGCUUUUGAUGGAUUCACCAAUGCAACUCAGGAUUCAAUUACAGCCAGGUACCCAAAGACGAGCGCUUGGAAUAUAAUGCUAGGAAUGAAUUUAUGGGGUUCCAUUUACAAUAUGAUAUUCAUGUUCGGUUGGCCAAAUGCCAGUGGAUUUGAGGCAAUUCAGUUCUGCAAGCAGCACCCAGAGGCAGCAUGGGACAUUCUCCUCUACUGUUUGUGUGGUGCAGUUGGCCAAAACUUCAUAUUUUUAACCAUUAGUCGAUUUGGUUCACUGACUAAUACGACAAUAACCACAACACGGAAAUUUGUAAGCAUAGUGGUCUCUUCGCUGCUGAGUGGCAACCCUCUGUCGUAUAAGCAAUGGGGAAGUGUUGUCAUGGUUUUCUCGGGAUUAUCCUACCAGAUAUAUUUAAAAUGGAGAAAAUUGCAGAGGAUGCCGCGGAAAAAGAAGCCCAUGUAAGGAAAACCAGCAUUUAUGAAAUUACAAUGCACUAGUAUUUUUAUUUUCCCUCUGAUAAUAUAUUGAUCAUAUGGCUUUGUGGUUGUAUUAUCAGAAUUUGAGAAUGUAACAGGUUAGAUAUAUAGACACUAGAUAGAUUUCCAUAUAAAGAUGGAUGAGAGACCAUUAUUUGCUUAUUGAGAUUUUGUUCUCUUCAACCAUUUUGUUUAUUUUACAGUUUCGGGACUAAAGAUUUCGAGGACUAUAAUCUUAGUCAUAUAAUUUUAGUCUAUUUACGUCUUUAUGUUUUA